AUGGUGGAUCCACUAAGGUGCUGGGGCUGCGAAGAGCCGCUCCUACUCUUCUUUCUCUUGGGCUCGCUGUGUGGGGCAGAGGCUGGGGUUGGGCAGAUCCGUUACUCGGUGCUUGAGGAGCUGGACAAAGGCUCUUUCGUGGGCAACAUCUCCAAGCAUUUGGGGCUGAAGUCCCGGGAACUGGAGGAGCACGGAGUCCGCAUCGUCUCCAGAGGUAAGACGCAGUUUUUCUCUUUGAAUCCCGGAAGCGGCAGCUUGAUUACCGCGGGCAGGAUAGACCGGGAGGAGCUCUGCGCACAAAGCGCGCAGUGUCUGGUGAGCUUUAACAUCCUGGUUGAGAAUCAAAUGAAAAUUUAUGGAGUAGAAGUAGAAAUCAUCGAUAUUAAUGACAACCCCCCACGCUUCAGGGAUGAGGAAUUAAAAGUGAAAAUUAAUGAAAAUGCGGUAGUAGGAACACGGUUGGUGCUUCCCUUCGCGCGGGAUCCAGAUGUGGGUUUGAACUCUCUCCAGAGCUACCAGCUCAGCUCCAAUAUGCAUUUUUCUCUGGAUGUGAAAAGCGGAACUGAUAAGCAAAAGUACCCGGAGCUGGUAUUGGAUCGACUUCUGGACCGCGAGAAAGAGGCUAUCCACGACCUCCUCCUCACAGCUGUAGAUGGUGGAGACCCCAUACUCUCGGGCACGACGCACAUCCGCGUGAUGGUCCUCGAUGCAAACGAUAACGCGCCGCUCUUCACUAGACCAGAGUACAGAGUAAGUGUCCCAGAGGACAUUCCUGUGGGUACUCGACUGCUCACGCUAACCGCUACGGACCCAGAUGAGGGACUAAAUGGGAAAUUGACCUACUCUUUUCGCAAUGAAGAAGACAAAAUUUCAGAGACUUUCCAACUUGAUUCCAGCCUGGGGGAAAUCUCAACUCUGCAGUCAUUGGACUAUGAAGAAGCCAGCUUUUACCUAAUAGAAGUAGAAGCUCAAGACGGAGGUGCUCUUCUUGCCAGCGCUAAGGUGCUUGUCACAGUACAGGACGUGAAUGACAAUGCUCCGGAGGUGAUUCUCACCUCUCUCACUACUUCCAUCUCUGAAGACUGUCUCCCAGGAACCGUAAUUGCUCUGUUUAGCGUACAUGAUAGUGAUUCGGGAGAGAAUGGUGAGAUUUCAUGUUCUAUUCCCAGGGACCUUCCCUUUAAGUUGGAAAAGUCCGUUGAUAAUUACUAUCACUUACGGACAACAAAAGCCCUGGACAGGGAAGAGACAUCAGAUUAUAACAUCACAAUAACGGUCGUUGAUUGUGGAACUCCAUCUCUGUCUACUGAAACUCAUAUCUCGAUAAAAGUGGCGGACAUCAACGACAACCCACCAGCCUUUGCUCGCACUUCAUACUCUACCUACAUCUUGGAAAAUAAUUCGAAAGGUGUCUCUAUAUUUUCUGUGACCACCCACGACCCAGACAGUGGAGAGAAUGCCCGGGUCUCUUACUCCUUGAUUGAGGGCACCCUCCAGGGGGCGCUUCUGUCCUCCUAUGUCUCCAUCAAUCCCGACACCGGCGUCCUGUAUGCACUGCGCUCUUUCGAUUAUGAGCAGUUCCAAGGUCUGCAGCUGUGGGUAACAGCUAGCGACAGCGGAAUCCCGCCACUUAGCAGCAACGUGUCAUUGAGCCUGUACGUGCUGGACCAGAAUGAUAACGCGCCAGAGAUUCUGUACCCCACCCUUCCCAUUGACGGUUCCACCGGAGUGGAGCUGGCUCCCCGCUCUGCAGAGCCCGGCUACCUGGUAACCAAAGUAGUGGCUGUGGACAGAGACUCUGGACAGAACUCUUGGCUGUCCUACCGCCUGCUCAAAACCAGCGAGCCAGGGCUUUUCGCGGUGGGGGUGCACACAGGCGAGGUGCGCACUGCGCGAGCCAUACUGGAUAGAGACGCACUCAAACAGAGCCUUGUGGUGGCAGUCCAGGACCAUGGUCAGCCCCCUCUAUCGGCCACAGUCACGCUAACUGUGGCUGUGGCCGACACCAUUCCUGAUAUCCUAGCAGACCUGGAGAGCAUCAAGACGCCCUCUGACACUGACAAUUCCGGCCUCACCCUGUACCUAGUGGUGGCCUUGGCUGCGGUCUCCUGUGUCUUCCUUGCCUUUGUCAUUGUGCUGUUGGCGCUCAGGCUGAGGCGCUGGCACAAGUCGCGUCUGUUGCAAGCUUCAGGCAGCCGGUUGAUGGGCAUGCCCGCCUCACACUUUGUGGGCGUAGACGGCGGCGUACAGGCCUUCCUGAAGACCUACUCCCACGAGGUCUCCCUCACUGCGGACUCCGGAAAGAGUCAUAUAAUCUUCCCUCAACCCAACUACGCGGAUACUCUCAUUAGUGCAGAGAGUUGUGAGAAAAGCGAGCCUCUUCUUAUAUCUGAUCAGAUAAACGCAAACAAAGAACCAGAAGUUUUUCAGGUUAGUUUUGCUUUUCAUUAA